AUUGAAUGACGACAGAAAAACAUAACAAAAAAAAUCCAAAGUCAGUCUUUAUACGUGAUUCUAAAAUCUUCUAUCACCUGCUUUGUGCUUUUCCCUUUUCCUCACCAUUUUCUAGGCCUCUCACUAAACUUAUCUUAUCUUUCAACCAUUUUUUCUUCUUCUCCAAUCGGAUUUCUCUCUCAAAAUCCUUUCUCUGACACCAUCACUGACAUAAUCUGAAUAAAUUUGUCCAUUUCUAGCAUGAUUUAGUCAAAAUCAAACCUAAUCAAAUCCCAAUAUAGAAACCCAAACAAAAUCAUGCCUGAUUCUCCCUUGAAUUCCACUACCCAGAAACGCUCAUGUGAUUUUUGUAGUGAAUCAGUAGCUCUUGUGUACUGUAAAGCUGAUUCCGCUAAACUUUGUUUAUCUUGUGAUCGUGAAGUUCAUUCUACUAAUCAGCUUUUCACUAAGCAUACUCGAUUUCAGCUUUGUGAUGUAUGUGAUUCUUCUGCUGCUUCGAUUCUAUGUUUGACUGAACAGUCUGUUCUUUGUCAAAACUGUGAUUAUGAACGCCAUAGUCUUCCUGGGAGUUCAUCAAACCAUGAUAGAAGACCUCUUGAAGGAUUUACUGGGUGUCCUUCGGUUUUAGAGCUUUCUGCUGCUGUUGGGUUUGAGGAUUUUGAUGCUAAAUCUUGUGUUCUUGGUGAUGAGACUGAUAAUCAUGGGGGUUUAUUUAGUGGGUUAGAGCAGGAAAAUGAUGGGUUUUCUGAUUUUUUUGUUUGGGAUGUUCCAACUAUGGUUAGUCUUGAUGAUUUGAUUGUUACUACUGAUAAGACUCAUAAUUUUCAAGCCACAGUGGUGCCUCCUUUGCCUAAGGACAGGAACUUAUCUUGUGGUCAACACAAACGCGAGAUACUUCAUCAGCUUUGUGAAUUAGCAAAGGCAGAGCCUAAUACACAACAAGAUACGAAUCCUCCUAUCAGGCACCAUAUGGUAGCUGAUGAAGAUGAGAAAGACUCCAGGGUGCAUCAAAAGAUUCGGGUUUCUCAACGUGAUGAUGAACACAAUACAUAUGAAGGGAAUGAGGCAAGCCCAUAUACAUGGUGCAACGAUGCUGAUGAAGGUGGAAAUGACGUAUUUAUCUCAUCUACCUUGUCGGGAAGCCACAUCGAAGAGAGUGUUUUAUUUUCUGAAACACAAUCUAGCAUGCAUAGCAAUGCAAAUCUUGCCACAAAUGGAUGGAAUUCUCAGCAUUCUGUUAGAAAUGAAUCACUGGAGUUCUCUCAAAGGGUUCCCAUUCGUGAAUUACUAAGUGCAGACCGGGAUUCUGCAUUAUCACGGUACAAAGAAAAGAAGAGGACGAGGAGGUUCGAAAAGCACAUAAGAUAUGAAUCAAGGAAGCUUCAAGCAGAAAACAGAACGAGAAUCAAAGGUCGUUUUGCUAAGUUAGUCAAUCGUGUGAAUCAGGCAUGAGCAGUUACUCAUGUAGAAGUCCGGAAAGCUGAUGCACAAAAGGGCGGUUUACAGAGUUUUAAUUGUUCUUGUGGCUAUCAGUGCUAUGCUCAAUCAGUGUUUAUUAGAAGUUAGGAGUAGCAUAUGAAUGAGUGUUUGUGUAAGUUAGUGAUACAUAAGGGGCAUGUCUUGUAUAGCUUUGUCUAUGGCUAUGAUCAAACUAAGAUUAUUUGCAAGAAACAUGUUGUAUUAUAUAAUCAUGUAAUAGUAAACUCGAAUAAAGUAUAAUAUUUGUUAGCCAUGAUCUGUAUUUUUUAUUUAUUUUUGGCUUAUGUAGCCGACAUUACAUAUUAAGAUUAAGAUUUUGACAUUAUUAUUGUCGUUUCUA